UCACUGGCUCUGGUGGCAGUUAGCUCAACAAGCGCAACUCAGCACGUGCCGUGACGACACGACAGGAAGUGGGCUGCGAUUGGCUGAUGUUCCCUGGCACCAUCUUGUUGAUGUAGAAGAGGUCGAAGUCUACAUCGAGGAUUGUCAAUAGAAGACUAAGCACGACCUUAAUUAAUUUAUUAUACACGAAAUAAGUACGCAGAGAUCUCAAAUAUUGUCUCAGAAGGAAAUGCAACACUGACAAGUGAUGUCUGUCAGCCCCACCACUGAAGUGGGAUUCCCACGUCCCACACAACAAGAACGGACAACUGUCACGAAGAGAAAUAACACACAAACAGCUUCAAUCCCAAGCACAGACAGUAAUACUUCUCAUACACAAUCAAUGUCAAAACCCAGCACUUCAAACAGUAGGUCAUCUACCAACACUGCCCUGGUGGAAGACUCACCUCAGCUGAUAAGUUUGGCAGACACGGAAGACUUGGAUGACCCGGACAAUGGUCUCAGUGGGGAUGAAGUCAGAAAGAAGACGGAGGAAGGGAAGCUGCUUCAGGAUGCUAACUAUGAGCUAAUGCUGCAGCAGGUGCUUGAGCCAGAACUUACGCUCCCAAAGAAAAAGAGCAGAAAACAGAAAUAUUCCUGUAUUUGUUGUGCAAAACAGCAUAACUCAGAAAAUGAUGACGAGGAAGAGGCUGGAGAGGAGGACGCCCUGAACCCAGCAGUGGACAUCAUCCACGCCAUAGGGAGACGUAUGGAACAGGCGGAGGAGUUUGUCAAGAAAGGAUGGUGGGAGAUCGUGCACCACAACCACCUGCCGAACUGGCUCAAAGACAAUGAGUUUCUGUUACACGGCCACAGGCCGCAGCUGAACAGCUUUUCAGACUGUUUUAAAUCUGUAUUCAGAAUUCACACAGAGACAGGGAAUAUUUGGACACAUCUGCUAG